AUGGAGUGGCUAGAGAAGGAGCAGAACACAUCACGACCAAUACACUUGGGCAACUGCCCUCACACCCAUUCCUUCUACAGUGACAACUUUGUGCUGGUAUCCACACCCUUCGUCAUGCGAACCAGGUCUCGAGCGAAGGUUACGAAGCCUGUCAGGUCUUCGACGUCACGAAGGCAAUUCCUGCUUGCACAAGAGACCUGGGAAGACCUCGUGGCCAUUGAUAGUAUGGACACCGAUGCAGGCGGGCGACUUCGCGUAUACAUCAAGACUAUAGACACGGGUGAAGUAUCCGCCCACGACGCCGCCGUAACGUACGCAAAAUGCCCUCAGAAGAUGCUUCGCUUCUACGAAAAGCACAUUUGCUUCAUAUAA